AUGGAUCCCCCAUUCAAAGUCGAGCGUUUGCCGGGUAUGCGGGAAAGCGCUGAUAGAGUCCGCUUUUCUGCCCGAGACAUGACACCGGUGAAAGAGGGGGGAGGCCUAUGGCGGUUGCCGAAGUCGUAUCUACUGCAACCAGUGAAGAAUCUUGCCUCGUUAUACAACAGGGAAUAUCAGCCAAGCCGGGGGGCUUGA